AUUACGCAUAAUUCAUAAAUAAAUAAAUAAAUAAAAAAAGUUAAGUAAUUUAAAAAUAAUGAAAAUAAGAAUUUUGACUAAUCCAGUAUGCUUUUAUUUAUAAUGGAUAGUUUUGAUAAUUAUAAUGAUUUAUUGAUGAUUGCGCUUACAAAAAUAAUUAGUUUCUUACGUACUGGGUGGUUCAUUAGGUUAAUGUGGUAAAUGUUUUUGUUAAAAUAUAAAUAUAGUUAUUGAACUUCUCGAGAACUUUGUUUUUUCUGAAAAAGGGCUUUCAAUUGUCUCGAGAACUUUGUUGUUCAUAAGGUAGUUGCUACUUUAAGGGCAAACUUAUAAGAAAAAUUGUACAAGAUUGACGGUGCUACCGUGCUAGCCUAGGAUCAAGAUUUUUAACGUUAAUUAAGGUUUAAUCAAGAUUUUCCGUAUAUCUCUCCAACUGUUUAACCAAAUUUUGAGCUAACAUGGUUACGGCAUGUGUAAUAGAAAGAGCACAAACAUCACCACGAGAGAAUCGGUUACGUUUGUCGUCUGCUCAUUCUCACAUGCAUGCGCGAAUGUGUAUGGACGAUGAAAUUUAUCACGAAAAUGAAAAAGAUGAUAGAAUGGGCUUUGAUUUGACAAGACGAACCAGACACACAAAGAUGAGGAUGAAAUUGAUAUAUACAGUUUUUAUCGCCGGUACUCAGUAGUCAGUACACAUCGCUCCAUGACUCUCUUUUAUCAUCCGUAUCCAAAGACAAGUCGAAAAUAUUUAUUUACAUUGCAAAUAUUUUGGCAUCUAUACGAGUGUACGACUGCCAGUGCAAAAUUUAUUCUGAUAAAUAUUAGAUAAUUGAUAUAUAAUCUUUACUACUAUUACAUACAUUUACCUUUGACAAAUAAUUAUUCGAUAAUUAAUAAAUUAUAAUUAUCGAAAAGGUAAAAAGUAGAUAAAUCGAACGGCUUAAAGCAGAAUUUGUUUCGUCUAUGAAGUAGUAUGUUCUCUGAAUUGCUGCAAUACACGUCAACUGCAUUAAUGUCUAAUAGUAUCUCACGAUAACAGUUGCUUCAUAUGGAUCCAACUAAUUAACUAGUAUUUGUACGAUACAUAUAGUUUUAAGAUUAAAUAUAUAGAUGAUUACCUUGUUCAGCUAUUGAGGGGUUUUAGUUUUGGGUUCUAAAAACAACCUUAUUUUUUGGUAUCUCAAAGCACGUAUCUCAACAAUCCUUUCAUUGGAGAUAUUAUUUUAGUAUAAUUUGUUUAUAUAAUUAAAUUUUAAAACUUUCAUGAAAAUGAAAUCAAUGUAGGUGGGCAAUAAGUAGAUACGUGGUAUUAAAAAGUUCUAAUAGGUUUUUCGUAAGUUUCCAUUUGAAAACCCCAUCUCACCUUCUCUACUAUUUUUUUUUGUAUUUAUUUUAAUAGUGAAAUGUUCACAUACUCUCUUAUUGGAGUUGCUUUAAUAGUCUCCGAAAAUUCGAAUUCUGAAUUUAUAAUGGUUGUUUAUCCUAUUAUAUGAGUGUACAAAAUAUAGUGCUAAGAUCAACUAUUUGCAGUACAAUAAUAGGAUUCUGGAAUAAUAGAAAGAGGGAAGCUCCGAGUUACAGCCAAGAGGCACCUAAACAAGAAACCUGCAACUGCUAGCAGAAGUCCCAUCUUGUUCCUUUGACUAUUUUUGCUUCACCCAAAUAAGAAAUAAACCUUAACAGAGUAUUUCGACCCAAAAAAAAUCCUUAACAGAGUCCAAUUAUUCACACUUUAAUUAUGCAUUUUCUAAUGCCAGAGUUCUUUACUGUUUCAAAUUCAAGGAACAAAUACAUGAUUGUUUAUUUGAAUUUUACUAUUUUAGAUAAGCCUUUUUGCCAACGCCUAUGAUUAUAGUUUUAUCACUGUUUUAUUCUUUAUAUUGUUAUAUAUAAUAUCCAUCCGGAAAAAAAAAUAUAAACAUAAAAAAAAUUAGAAUCGGUUCGUUUGAGCCAUAUAUAUAAUAUAUAGUUCUACUAUACAUAACCAGUAUAUUCAAAUAUACUGGCGCCGUAAUGAUAAUAGUUUUGUGGUUUCGUGAUAAAACAUAUAUUUUGCUUAGCUAAGAACUUACAGAUAACAAAUCUUCUUGUGAACCAGAUUUCUGGAUAAAGGAGACUAGGCUAAUUUGAUAGAUAAACUUUGUUUUUUCCAAAUAAAAGAAAAUGAAUGGAUAAUCACUAGUAGAUAUUUUAGUGUAUAUUGGAAAAGGUUAUACAAAUCUCAGAUUUUCUUAUAGAGUAGAUCUCUGAUUGUUCCUGCCACAAACAUCGUGAUUCUGUAUGAAACGUCAUUUCAAGCACUCUUAAUUAUCGCCCACUAUUCUCCCUACUAUAAUGCACUCUUUCACACACUCCUACAUUUACACUUAUAAUCGCAAACUAAAAAUUAAUGUCUUUGACGAUAGCUGGUAGUAAUUCUUGGAACAUCCGGUCUUAAUCUGAUAUAAGUUAAUGACCAAAUAGCUCCAACUAACACUAACAUAGUAUUAUAGACUUAGUUUGAAUUGUUAGCACAUGUACCGAACAUCAAGAUAUAUAUAUAUAUUUAAUAUUUUACACAUCAAGAUAUCUUAGUUUCUAUGUGAAUUUUUAUGUUCGUGUGUUUAAGUUUGCUUGCAAUAAUAGUUGCUAAAAGCCUUGAUAAAUAUAUACAACCAAUAUGUAUCUGUAUCCGUUACCUUAACAGAGAUAAAAUUUGAUUUUAACUCGUAGAAGUAUGUAUCUAUCGUAUGGUAUUACAUCACCGCAUAUUGACAUAUUCGAAUAUAAGUGCGUAAACCUAGACGUUAUGCGUAUAGAGAUAAUUCGUAAGUUUGUUUCAGGAUCUGGAUCAGCCAACACCAACAUAAUCUUAUCUUGGUGGUCUUCCAAAGCAUAAGGCACGUACCUAAUAAAAAUAGUUUACUACUAUAAAAGUUAGGAAUUAAAUGUUUGAAUUGACACUUCCUCUGCCCGGCCGCUUUGUGCUUUCGCCAUUCGCAGCUGGGAUUUACAUUUUUUCAACAAAUAAAUAUACACAAAAGGACGUUAUUGUCAUUUUACACUAUCCGACACAAGUCGGUAAAACAAAAAUUAUUGUCUGACUUCUGCAUGGUUUGACUAGUCUUAAGAUUCAAGUCUCAAUAUAUCGUUUACCAACUUCCUUGAGUUAAGUUUGAUGUAUUGGUUUUUUCAUGUUAGAUAAUUAUGUAACAGUUAGAUUGCUAAGUCAUUAGCCCGUGUAACCAUCACAUGGUUAUUGGAUCAGAUCCCGAUGCGCUCUACGUACGUGGCUUUAUUGUCGAGGUUUGAAAUAGUACAAUGUAUUACAAAUGCAUAAUUCGCGGCAGAGCAGACAGAACACAAAAGUUACACAAUAAACGUUGAAUGAUAGUUUUCAAGAACAUAGUUACUACAAAUUCAUUACCACUGUAGUGAUCGAAAUGAUAUUUCAGUUUUUACUUAGUUUGUAAAGAACAGUUAGUAUUGGAGCUAAACGAAAAUGUUAGCACAUUGCAAAAUUUCUUCGUUAUCUAUAUUGGGAAUCAAAGUAAACACAUUAUGUACCCAUUGGUUAUCGUUAGAUCACUCAACAAACAUACCAUCAUGCAUACAUGUGAAUAAUCAGAUAAUUAUAACCAAAUAGUUGCUUACGAACGUUCAGUAAUAUCACUUCCGAUUAUGAAGCUUGGUGCUGUCGAAGUUGGACCUUCUCAGCAUAUAUUUACAAAAUAGUCUGAACUUUUUUCCUGGACCAGAUUGCAAUCUAAAGUGGUUCCCUCCACACUCUUAGAAAGAUGGCAUGAGUGCAUGUUACGAUAUAAUAUAUUUGGAGACAGCGGAACUACGUUUUGUACAAUCAACAAACAAAUUAUUCAUGGAUUCACAGUCUUUAAGUGUAUUGGUAGUGAGAUACCGAACAUCAUCUCCGAAAGUUGAUGGAGAUGACGACAUGAUGUUUUGGAAACUGUAUGUUGCUUUGGAUCAGGUGAAAUCUUGUGAAACAUCUUCGUGUAUUUCCUUAUUUUUACCUCUAAAAUAUAAUAAUUUUAAAAUAGAGAUGUAUUUUUUAAUAUAUUUUUCUAUUUUAAAGAAAAAUAUUUCAAAAGAUAUUAUUUUAUUUUACAGCAAAUACAUUUUGUUCAUGAAAGUUGAUAAUUAAUCCUAUUUACUUUAAAUUUUUACAAGAUUUUUAUAAAAUUAUGACCUUAUUUAAACUAUUUUUUAAAAGACUAUUAUGUGAAUAAAAAGUGUAAUUUUAUUUUUAUAAAAACUGUAUUUUCUAAAAACGCAACUUGAUGAUUAUAGAUAUAAAGAUUUUAAAGUUAAAAGAUUAUUUUGAAAAAUAUAUACAUGAAUAUAAUACGAAAAUGCUAUCUUGACUCUAUAUUUAGAGGAGAGAAAUAUCAAUCUUUAUUUAAAAGAAAAAAAAUAGAAAUGGGUUGAACAACUUUUUUCCUGUUAUAGAAUUUAGAAAUGAAAAUAACAAUGAGUUAAAGAUUCUUUUACUCCACCGAUACAUUGCUCUAGGUUUACAUUGUAGUGAUAUUAAAGUUUAUAACAACAGAAAAUCAAUUAUAUAUAUAUAUAUAUGUGUAUCUUUUGGGCUAUUGCUUCCGGAGAUAUUACCAUUUUCUGCCGGUUUUUGUAAUCCACGAUGUGUUCCGUUAUGAAAGAUUAUAAAAUUUUGAGUUAAAAAAAAUAUAUGUGUAUCUUUUUCAAAGUUGGCAUAGGUAACUUAGUAUUAAUUCUAUAGUCAGAUAUCGAAAGUCUCUGUGUUGUCAUCAUAGUAACAUCGAAAACAAAUGCCACACAUGCUACUAUUACAAAUCAGACGAAAAUUGUUUUCUGUGAUUUAGGCAUAUAUAUAUGUAAAAUUAUUGUGGUGGAAAAUUUAAAAUAAAAUUAUCAUAUUUUUUUGUUAUUGAUGUAAAAAAUAGUUGCAUAAUCCAGAUAUGAUACAAUAUACAACAACUCACGUAAAAAAACACAUAAAAGUGAACGAUAAUAGAUGAUCCAAAAUAAAACAACUACUAUAAAACAACAUUGUCCCAUUCAAACAAUGUCAACUAUCGUAAGCAAUGUAGGGUGCAAUUUGAUUACAAGAUUUUGAAAUGAAAUUGUUUAGAAUGGCUUAUUCUUACCAUUUGAAUGGAACAAAAAAACAAAUCUCAUUUCAAUAAUUUCUUUUGGAAUGUCUAGAAAAAAUGGAAUGUAGUUAUAAAAUAUUCAUGAUUAAAAAAGUUCAUGAAUAAAUGAAAUGAGUGGAAUGAAAUUCAAUUUUUUUUAUUUUACAAAUUUAUUUAUUUUAUUCAUCUACGUUCUAUUUUUCAAAAUUAUAUUUAUUCAUAAUAUUCUUUAAAUUGGUAAUAUUUAAAUUAAAAAAACAAAUGUUAACGUAAAUGAUUACUCUGGAGAUGGUGCAAUGCAUUCAGAGCGAUGAUGUGAAAGGUGAUAUGUGUGAAUUUAUGGGCAAAGGAAAACGAAAAUUAGAGAGAGAAACCAUAAUGAGUUAACGGAGACAUAGCCGCCAUUUCCACUUCUCACUCCCACUUACAACACUUCCGUUUGGGCAAGUUUUCAAAAAAAAAAGUAUUCGACAUCAAUGCUCGUCUUAAUCACCAUUAACCUGCUCAUCAUUAAUAUAUUAAUGCCCACUAUUUUCCAAAAUACUGAUUUUACUUCGCGAGGAAAACUACAUUUCGUGUUUCUAAUAAUUAGAGAUUUAAUGCCCAUUAAAGACGUUUACUGUAUUUCACAACGCACCUCUACAUAUUCAUUCCAGUAACCUAUUGUAGUAAAAUGAGUACUAAAUAAUUUUUGGAAAAUAGUAAAAGGAAUAUAUUCGGUCAUGGUGUUUUUUCUUAUUUGAAUAUAGUAAAAUAGUAAAAGGAAUUAUAUAUACAAAAACAAGCCAAUCAUCCAUGCAUGGCUAUACGAUUUGUAUAAUAUUGAAAACUCGAUCAAAACAUGUGCCCCAUCCAACAUAAAAAAUUUGAUCGUUUUUGUUUUGUUGAUGAUGACAUUACGGCGAUAUUAACUCAGAAUUUGUAAUUAUAGAUUACAUGUUUUGGUGAUGAUGACAUUUUUUUGUUCGGCGAGCUAGUGUUUUAGAUAAAAUUUGGUGGAUAUAUUUUAAAAUAAUUCCUAAUCCGCUAAAUAAACAAAAGGAAGACCCCUUCAGUUACCGGUUAGAAGCAUUAAUUAUGAAAAAGGAGUAAAACAAAAUGGGUACUGUAGAAGCUAUACAUAACUCUACUCGCCUUCUCCAACUUUUAAACCUCAUCAUAAGUAAAAAAGUAGCCGAUUUAUUUUUGUAAGUCUUUUUCGAUUUCCUUUUAAAUCCAAAUCCUAUAUACUCUUGUUGCUUCUCUGUUCAUUACUUAUACCUCACGUUAUAUAUCUAGCUUUCUAUAAAUGCUUCUCUUUCCCUCACUUCUCUCAGUUACACACUCACCUCCCUAUCUAAUAUAAAACCCUAUCUACUCCACUCUUCCUCUUAACUUAUUCUCUCUUUCUCUUUGCUCUGUUUUUCUCUCUCUCUCUCUAAACAAAGCAAGAUAUGACGGUGGUUAGAGAAUACGACCCGAGCAGAGACUUAGCCGGUGUGGAGGAUGUGGAGCGACGGUGCGAGGUCGGUCCAAGCGGCAAGCUUUCUCUCUUCACCGACCUUUUGGGUGACCCGAUUAGUAGGAUCCGACAUUCACCUUCUUUUCUUAUGUUGGUGGCUGAGACUGGUACGGAGGAGAAGGAGAUAGUGGGCAUGAUUAGAGGUUGUAUCAAAACCGUUACAUGUGGCAAAAAACUCGAUUUAAAUCAUAAGUCCCAAAACGACACCGUUAAGCCUCUUUACACUAAACUCGCCUACGUUUUGGGGCUCCGCGUCUCUCCUUCUCAUAGGCGGCAAGGGAUAGGGUUCAAGCUCGUGAAGAUGAUGGAAGCAUGGUUCAUGCAGAACGGUGCAGAGUAUUCGUAUAUAGCGACUGAAAACGAGAACCAAGCUUCGGUUAACCUCUUCACCGGAAAAUGCGGUUACUCCGAGUUUCGUAAACCGUCGAUUUUGGUCAAUCCGGUUUACGCUCACAAAGUAAACGUCUCGCGUCGUGUCACAGUCAUUAAAUUGGACCCGGUCGAUGCAGAGUCGUUGUACCGACUCCGGUUCAGCACAACAGAGUUUUUCCCGCGUGAUAUUGAUUCGGUGCUGAAUAACAAACUCUCUCUGGGGACUUUCGUCGCGGUGCCACGUGGCAGCUGUUACGGAUCCGGGUCUGGAUCAUGGCCCGGUUCGGCUAAGUUCCUCGAGUACCCGCCCGAGUCAUGGGCUGUUUUAAGCGUUUGGAACUGCAAAGACUCGUUCCGGUUAGAGGUUCGUGGUGCGUCGCUGUGGAGGCGUGUGGUGGCUAAAACGACUCGCGUGGUUGAUAAAACGCUGCCGUUUUUGAAACUCCCUUCGAUACCUCCGGUUUUUAAACCGUUUGGGCUUCAUUUCAUGUACGGGAUUGGAGGGGAAGGUCCACGUGCGGCAAAGAUGGUGAAGUCUCUGUGCGGACACGCGCACAAUCUGGCCAAGAGAGGAGGUUGCGGCGUUUUGGCGACGGAAGUCGCCGGAGAAGAGCCGCUGCAGCGAGGGAUACCACACUGGAAAGUGUUAUCGUGCCAAGAGGAUCUUUGGUGCAUUAAACGACUUGGAGAUGACUACAUUGACGGCGCUCUUGGUGAUUGGACCAAAUCGCCACCCGGCGCUUCUAUUUUUGUGGACCCUAGGGAAUUUUAAAGUCUUUUUAAACUUUUGAUAAUAGUUUUUAUUAACCUUGAUGUCAUAUUAGGAGUUGAUCUCUUAAAACUCUUUUAAGAUCUCUUGUAAGGUCUUUUUAGUUUUGUUUUCGUUAGUGUUGGUGUUAAAGUAGUGGGAAGAGGCAAUAUCUCCUACUUUUGGGUUUGUGUCUUCUUGUCUUGUAAAUGGAUCUACCUUUUUAAGAUACUUUUUCUCUGGCUAUGUUAAAAUACCGAUCUACUUGUAUUUUAAUUAUAUAGAGUACUAUCAUGAGCGCUUUAAUAUGUCGAAUGAAGUAGUUACGUUCUGUACGAAUCUUAUCAUAUUGCAGACAAAAUAACAAUUAUGAUAGUAGGAGAAUAUGAAUCUACAGAAUGUUUUACCAAUAAUGAUAACGUUCACUAUUGUGUCAUAACCUGUAAAAGUACGUUUUAAAAUCCACGUUUUAAAGAUAAUCUUACCAAUACCAAACCAUUAUUUAUAUACACUUUUUGAACACCCACUAGAAAAUCCCAUUCAAACUAGAUAGAGAAAAGACACAUUGUUAAGAGUAAAUAAAGUAUAAUAUGAUGUAUAUUAGUUUAGUUGUUCUUUUUAGGUGGGAUUUAGUUCUUAGUACUUUGCUAAUUCGAGAUUGAUCCUUGAUGGAUACUGGAGGAUGAAACACAUUUUGAUAUCGCAAGUCUUACGUGUAAAUGAUAUGAAUAUCAAUGUCAUGGACCACGCUUUUUCUCCAUCUAAUGGUCCCAAUGAUGUUAAACUGAUAGAUUUAUAUGUUUCUUUUGGUUGUUUGCAGUAGCAUGAUUGAAACCUUUGAAUCGGGUUUUUAGAACGUGUCUUUGUCCAAAAGAGGUAUUGUCGAGUCGUGAGCACUGAACGAGUCAGGGAUAGUUUAUACCUUUAAGGUCUUGUUCAUCGCAUCACAAGACAUGUGGAGAUAACUUACUACUUUGUGUUUGAAUAUUAUAUUUUAGUUAUAAAGAUUGAACAAAAUAAAAGUUAUAAAGAUUGUCACAUACGUGCGUAUGUUGACCGGAGGUUUGGUUUUUAGCUGUUGUGAGUUUAUUUCAUUUAUCAUUUCUUAGCAAUUUAUGUAAGGAUGUCCGACGUUUAUCACUUUAGCAGCAGAAUGAAGACUUGCUCGUUUUUACACAUUUCUCGUUUAUGUAAUGUUGAGGCUGAUUUAGCGGCAAAAUCAGCUCUCGUAUCUGUAAACUCUUCCCCCUCGAAUGGAGGCUGAACUCUUUUAUUGCAAUGCAAUUGUAGUUUAAU